CCGCUUUUUCUUGCACUUCCUUCCGGAGGCUCCGGACUCGGCGGUGGAUCCGGGCCCCACCCUGAGCGAGGAGGAGCGGGCUGAACCGUGUGUCCGGGGCUGUCACAGAUCUGCAGUUGGUGUUCCGAAAGAGACUCAAAGUUCUACUCUUGGUGUAGUUGUGCUCCAUUGUCCUGGAUUCUGUAGCAGCCUUUUGGGUACGGUGUGUGAGGAGCACACACUUUUUUCCUUUCCACCUAACAAGAAGAAAGAUCCUGCCAGAUCAGCAACUGUACCCUUGAAGCUGAAAGAGGCUAUGAACACCUUGAAUCCAAAGCCUACAGUGUAACACUCUCUUCACUUCACAUUUAUCUGUGGUGCAUGAGCUGUGUGACCCCACCUAUCCGGGCCCAUGAGGGAAUACAAAGUUGUGGUGUUGGGCAGUGGAGGGGUUGGAAAGUCGGCCCUAACUGUACAGUUUGUAACGGGCACUUUUAUUGAGAAGUAUGAUCCUACUAUUGAGGACUUCUACCGUAAGGAGAUUGAGGUGGACUCUUCACCAUCUGUGCUGGAGAUCUUGGACACUGCCGGUACUGAACAGUUUGCUUCCAUGAGAGACCUGUAUAUCAAGAAUGGCCAGGGCUUUAUCUUGGUGUAUAGCCUGGUGAAUCAACAAUCAUUCCAGGACAUCAAGCCAAUGAGGGACCAGAUAGUCAGAGUUAAGCGGUAUGAGAAAGUCCCCCUCAUUCUAGUUGGGAACAAAGUAGACCUGGAAUCGGAGCGAGAAGUUAUGGCAACAGAAGGCCGGUCUCUCGCUCAGGAGUGGGGCUGCCCGUUCAUGGAGACUUCGGCCAAGAGCAAGACAAUGGUGGAUGAACUGUUUGCUGAAAUCGUCAGGCAGAUGAACUAUGCUUCUUUGCCUGAAAAGCAGGAUCAGUGUUGUACAACAUGCACUGUUCAAUGAAAAAUUCAAAGAAGGACCUUAAACAUGGCCAUAACGAAACAGAUAACUCAGAGGAAAUUUGCACAGCUACCACUAUGGUGGACGUAACAGCCCAGGUUGCAGAUCUGAGCCUUGAUAAACCUGUCUGCACAACAGCACAUUGCCAUGGACGUCAUUGGAAGCUCAGAGUGUGUGCCCGUAAUGCUCACAUGCCUUCUGCAGCUGUGCUUAGCACGUUUACUAUAAGUUAAUACAGUAUCUUUCUUUCUCCUUAGAAGUCUUUUUUUUUUUUUUUUUUUAUUAUUUCUUUAGCUCUCUAAGUUUCUGUUAACGGUUAAUAUGCAACAGUUCCCUUUUUUCAUAUUUUAAUUAACUUCUGAAACUUGUAUUUAUUAAAUACUUAAACUCAGUAUUACUUACAUAAUGCCUUUUAAAAGACCGUUUUAUCAGAGGAUAAUUUGAGCCUUAAAUCACAUGGGUUUUAUUUCUGUAAAUUACCUCACAUACGCUCUUAACCCUUUCACUGGUAGCUGGCCAGAGGUGUUUAUUCCCUCCCUCAUCCUGAUGUCACCUGGCAUGAAUGGGUUAACUUGCAUUUUUUUCUUCUUCUUCUUCCUCUUCAUCUGGAAGUGGUUGUUAUGUACUUUGAGAUUAUGUUUACGUUUAAUGGUGUCAUGUGAAGCUGCUCAAAACAAAUUGGACCUGUCUGGUGCUCUUGCGUUGGCUCCUUGGGCCCACGUUAACCUAGCUGUUCAACUCCAGAAAGAACUUCCCUGUCUCCAGAUGACACAUGACAGUCCACAUGAGACAGCCGAAGAAAUUUCCUGUGCAGAAGCAGCGCAGUGUUAAUUAACGUGUCCUUAAUAUUCUGUUAGAGCGUUUGUUUGUUUUUUUUGCUUUUAGUAUAAUUGUGUUGAAAGUCUCCCUUUAGCCUUUCAGAUCCAACAUAGCUUUUUAGAGCCAGAUGGGGAGAGUAGCACUAUGGCGCUGGUCUCUUCUUUGCCACUUAAUGGGUUAAAAUGGCGCUCAGCAUGAGCUCCAACACAUGAACUGUUUUAACUGAAAUCUUUCUACUUUUGAUGUAUAAUGGUUCUUCACCUUAGUGGUAGGUGGGCUUGUGCAGGUAUCGAGUGGUUUGCAACAAAAAUCUUUUUUAUUUUUAGAGGCCCUUCCAUUUCCUACUUCCUGCUUGUUUUAUGCUAAUUGACCAUUUGCUUUCUACUGUUCCUUUAGGAAAAGGGGUGUUACCAGUUUUAUUUUAAUUUUCUUUGUGUAUCUAUAAAGUAAUGCAAAUUCAACUUCAAUAUUUUAUUUUUUUCCUUCCCACCUGUGCACAUAUACGUCUGCUGCAAAUAAAAUGAUUUUACUUUU